ACCCUAGCAAUGGCAUCGUAAUCUUUCACCUCACAUUUCUAAUAAUCUUUUCCUUUUCUUGGAGCCCGCCCUUUUAUUGUACCCCUGUUUUGCCAGCCCUUCUCGUUUUCCCUCUUUGAGCGAGAGCUUAGUCACAGCCAAAGAAACCGAGGGAUGGCAGCGGCGGGGACAACGAGCCGAGCGGCUCGGAGGAUGGGAGCCGAGGAUGACAAGCUAGUUUUCGAGACGACGGAAGGAAUCGAGCCGAUACUCAGUUUCGAUCAGAUGGGGCUAAAAGACGAUCUCCUCCGUGGAAUCUACAAUUACGGCUUUGAAAAGCCAUCGGCAAUCCAGCAGAGAGCCGUGAUGCCAAUAAUCAACGGCCGCGAUGUGAUUGCUCAAGCUCAGUCUGGUACCGGCAAAACUUCCAUGAUUGCUCUCACCGUUUGCCAAGUGGUCGACACCGCUAGCAGAGAGGUUCAAGCAUUGAUCUUGUCGCCGACAAGGGAACUGGCAUCUCAAACGGAGAAAGUGAUACGGACAAUUGGUGAUUUUAUGAAUAUACAAGCACACGCAUGUAUUGGGGGCAAAAGUGUGGGCGAAGAUAUAAGAAAGCUAGAAAACGGAGUUCAUGUAGUGUCAGGAACUCCUGGUAGAGUUUGUGAUAUGAUCAAGAGGAGAACCCUGCGUACGAGGGCUAUUAAACUAUUGAUUCUUGAUGAAUCUGAUGAGAUGUUGAGCCGAGGGUUCAAAGAUCAAAUUUAUGAUGUUUACAGACAUCUUCCACCAGAGCUUCAGGUUUGUUUGAUAUCUGCUACCCUCCCUCAUGAAAUCUUGGAAAUAACAAGCAAGUUUAUGACAGAUCCUAUAAGGAUCCUCGUGAAGCGUGAUGAGUUGACUCUGGAGGGAAUUAAGCAAUUUUUUGUUGCAGUUGAAAGAGAGGAGUGGAAGUUUGAUACGCUAUGUGAUCUUUAUGAUACACUGACAAUCACCCAAGCUGUUAUUUUCUGCAAUACAAAACGAAAGGUUGAUUGGCUUACUGAGAAGAUGCGUAGCAAUAACUUUACGGUAUCAUCAAUGCAUGGGGAUAUGCCUCAGAAGGAAAGAGAUGCAAUUAUGGAUGAGUUUCGAGAAGGUGCUACCCGUGUUCUUAUCACAACAGAUGUUUGGGCCAGGGGGCUUGAUGUUCAACAGGUGUCCCUGGUGAUCAAUUAUGACCUUCCAAACAAUCGAGAGCUUUACAUCCAUAGGAUUGGUCGUUCUGGUCGUUUUGGACGAAAGGGUGUUGCUAUUAAUUUUGUAAAAAGUGACGACAUCAAGAUUCUUAGAGAUAUAGAGCAGUAUUACAGUACGCAGAUCGAUGAAAUGCCAAUGAAUGUUGCGGAUCUGAUAUAAGAAUGCUUUCUAAGUGCUUGGAUCGAAUGAUAUGGUUUGAGUAGGAUUUAUGCCCCUUGUGUAAUUGAAUUCUCUGUGUAGUUGCAUUAUCUAUCCUGUGUGAUUGGGUUGUACACUGCGUGGAGGUGCUUUGGUGACAAGAAACACAUUGUAGUUUAGGCAUCAACUAUCAAAAAGAUUGUGAUUUAUUUGCUUUUACCCUGUUGAAUGCGUUUGGAUUUGCUCAA